GCCCAGCAUGGAACUGGCUAAUCCUGCUUGUUGAAACCGUUUUUAUGAAACUCGUUUUGUUUUGCGUGGACGGUAAAUCUCCAGAUAACCUUAAAUAGGCUAAAAAAAAAAAAAUUGAGAACCUCGUUGAGCUGCUGUCGUUUGCAGUGAGAACUUUGUGCACGGAGAGGCAGAAUGGAGUUGGGUUAACAUCAGUGAGGCGGAUUUCCAUCUUUCUCAGUCAUAAAAAAACCUUUAAAACAUAAAAAUGGCUUCCAAAAGAGCUCUGGUCAUCCUGGCUAAAGGAGCGGAGGAAAUGGAGACCGUCAUCCCUGUAGAUGUCAUGAGGCGAGCUGGGAUAAAGGUCACCGUUGCAGGUCUGGCUGGAAAAGACCCAGUACAGUGUAGCCGUGAUGUCAUGAUUUGUCCUGAUGCCAGUCUUGAAGAUGCAAAAAAAGAGGGACCAUAUGACGUGGUGGUUCUACCAGGAGGUAAUCUGGGUGCACAGAAUUUAUCUGAGUCUGCUGCUGUGAAGGAGAUACUGAAGGAACAGGAAAACCGGAAGGGCCUGAUAGCCGCCAUCUGUGCAGGUCCUACUGCUCUGUUGGCUCAUGAAAUAGGUUUUGGAAGUAAAGUUACAACACAUCCGCUUGCUAAAGACAAAAUGAUGAACGGAGGUCAUUACACCUACUCUGAGAAUCGGGUGGAAAAGGACGGCCUGAUUCUUACAAGCCGUGGGCCUGGGACCAGCUUUGAGUUUGCACUUGCAAUUGUUGAAGCCCUGAACGGCAAGGAAAUGGCGGCUCAAGUGAAGGCUCCACUUGUUCUUAAAGACUAGAGCAGCAAAAUGUGACAGUCACCUAGAGAAACAGGCCUUAGGAAUCUAUUCUCACUGUGUUUGCUGUGAACAAAACAAUGGUAGGUUAAUGUGUUCCUAAGCUGCCCUCAUUACUGCUUUUGUGAAGUAUAGUUUUGAAGUCAUAACUAUACAGAGAUCUUCCAACCUACAAAUUGUGUCUAUACAUUUCUAAGCCUUGUUUGCAGAAUAAACAGGGCAUUUAGCAAACUA